UCCUAUUUUGCACGAUCAUUCGACCGACACAGCCAACCAUCGCAAGCGACAUGGCUGCACAGUGACCCACACCGAUAGCCAAACUGCAGCGAGUCUGCAUAUUGUGAGUAUUUACAUAAAUACACCCAUACGUAGGUGAGGUUCGCUGAGCCAGGUGAGAACUCUAGACGCCAGGGCCGUCUCGUUUACAUAGCCGCCCUCGAGAGGGGCUCGCGAACAGCACUUGCCCCAACAGUCUGUGAAGAGACGACACGGCGAGCUUUGGUUUGUUGUGUCGCUGUGUCGUCGUGAGGAGGCCUUCGUCCAGCAGUGGAGCUACAAAGGGGCUUGUGUGACCAUGGAAGAGGGAUCUGCAGAACGACCCGCGAGUCACCUGGAGCAGGACUUUGAGAUCCUGAGACGCGCGUGCCUCGACCGGGGAGAACUCUUCGAAGACGCCGCCUUCCCACCCGGACCAGAAGCACUGGGCUCCUUGGAUGCCGACGCGGAGAAUAUCCACUGGCUCAGACCGCAGGAGAUUUGCCCGACGCCGCGGUUCAUUGCUGAAGGGGCAACUAUCAGCGACAUCUGCCAGGGCGAGCUCUGGGACUGCUGGCUCCUAGCUGCCCUCUCCUCUCUCACGAUGUACCGCCGCCUCUUCGCCCACGUGGUGCCCGAGGGGCAGCACUUUGGAGCGUCCUACUGCGGCAUCUUCCGUUUCCGAUUCUGGCAGUACGGCCGCUGGGUGGAGGUGGUGGUGGACGACCGGCUACCCACGCAGCACGGCAAACUCGUGUACGCCUCCUCCAGCGCCAGGCACGAGUUCUGGAGCGCUCUGCUCGAGAAGGCUUACGCCAAGGUGAACGGCUCCUACGCCGGCCUGCGGACGGGCAAGAUCGUCGAGGCCAUGGAGGACUUGACGGGCGGACUCGGAGAGUCGCACCCCGUGAGCCCCGGCGACUCGAACCGCCUCUGGAGCGCCGUGCGCUCCGCCCUGGCCGCCAAAGCGCUCGUCGCCUGCUUCCUCAAGUCCAAAGACCCGGCCCAGGUGGGUCGGGUGAACUCGGAGGGCCUGGUGAUGGGUCACGCGUACGCGGUGCUGGGUGUCGACUCGGUGACGGUGAACGGCAGCAGAGUUCGCCUGCUGAGGCUGCGGAACCCCUGGGGCUAUCAGGAGUACAGCGGCUCCUGGAACGACUGCUCCCCCGAGUGGAACGCGGUGUCCUGCGAAGAGAAGCAGAGGUUGAGGCUUCAACAAGAAGAGGACGGGGAGUUUUGGAUGUCCUGGUGCGACUUCGCGCAAUGCUUCAGUAACGUGGAGAUCUGCAGCCUGAGUCCGCACGGAGGAGGUGCCACUGGGUGGGCCCUCGCCACGCACGAGGGCCGAUGGGUGCCAGGGUGCACCGCGGGGGGAUGUCGCAAGUUUGAGGGCACGUUCUGGACGAACCCACAGUUCCGUCUCACCCUGUGCGAGGAGGAUGACGACGACUCCGAUGAUGACGAGGAUGGGCUGGAGGGCCGUGGCGACGUCACGUGCACGGUGGUGGUCGCGCUGAUGCAGAAGAACCGGCGCGUGCUCAAGCGCGGAGCACGCUCCACGUUCCUGCACAUCGGCUUCAGCAUCUACAGCAUUCCUCCGGAGGCAAGUCAAGUGCUCGCUUCCUGCAGUCCGUCCCGGGCCGCCUGCCCGCCACGUUCUUCGCGGCGGCACGACGCGUCCACGAGAGCCGCGCGUUUGCGAACGCGCGCGAGGUGACGGCGCGCCUCGUGCUGCCCCGGGGACCCUACGUGCUCGUGCCCUCCACCUACCGGCCCGGCGAGCCCGGCGACUUCUUCCUGCGAACCUUCGCCAAGCGCGACAACCGCUCCUGGCGAGUGCCGGGGUUCCCAUGGGGGGGGGGGGUGGUGGGUAGGUGGAAGGGGGGGAGGAUCC